GUAUUAGCUUCCGGUCACGUGUACAUGGUGUGCUCUAGGGAUAAAGGUCCGACAGGUUCAUACUGAAAUAGCGCUUUACAAGAGUAUUUACGAAGACACUCACGUUCAAAAGAAAGAGAUCCUGUGCCCAUCUCAUCUGUGUAACUCAGAGAGGAUGAACAAGGAAAGAAGUCAAGUGACGGAGAUCAUGGAUCUCACUCUGAAGAUCAUCUACCUGCUGACUGGAGAGGAUUAUACAUUUCAAAAAAAGCCUGGUGGAAACAUCACACACAGAAAUGGUCAUUACAUAUCAGAAGGAUCCUACAUGACCCAGAGCCCCGGCCCGAUGUCUUCACCUCACUCACUGAUCCAGGAGAGAAACGAUGACCGGAAGAUCCUGGAAUUGACCAAUAAGAUCACUCACCUGCUGACUGGAGAGGUGUGGCAGUAUUUAGAAGUACAAAAUGAUCCAUACAAGGAAGCAGUUCUGGAGACUCACCAACCUGUCAGUUCAAUGGCAGAUGAUUCGGUGGAAAAAGAUAUAUUUGAAGGAUUUAACACCACCAUUUCUUCAGAGGAUUGUUUAACUGAAAAGGAAACUUGUGUUAUAAAUAACUGGGGUAAAGAUUGUUCUGCUGCACGUAAAGACAUAUCGCAGAAGACUAAAUAUAGUGUAAAAGAGAAAUCGUCCCCAUCUGAAAGAGAUCUUAUGGACAGCAGCAUAGAUAAAAAGAAAAGACAAACACAGACAGAAUACUCAUCAUCUCAUAGCAAGGAGGAAUCCGACUCAUAUGAAGAAGGAAAUCUCACAGACAUUUAUACACUCACAGGACAUACACAGACCGAAUAUUCAUUCAUUCGUAUGAAGGAGAGAUCAACCAUGUGUGAAGAAGAAAAUCUCAUGGGCACUAAAAUUUAUACACCCACAGAACAUACACAGACAGAAUAUAUACCAGCUCAUAUUAAGGAGGAAUCAGCCUCAUGCGAAGAAGAAAAUCUUACUGAAAUGUAUCCACUCACAGAAUAUCCAUCUCAUAUUAAGGAGGAACCAGCUUCCAGUGAUAAAUAUAACAAUGCCGUGGCUAUAAAACAAGGAAAUACUGUUCUGUCCAUAAUUAAAUGCAGUGAAUGUGGUAGAACAUUUAACAAUAAAUCUGUUUAUACUGCUCACAUGAGGACACAUGGCAAGGUUGGUAAUCACAGCAGAGACAAACCAUUUUCAUGCACGGAGUGCAAAAAAUGCUUUCAUCUGAAAGCUAACCUCAUUACUCAUCUGAGAAUUCACACUGAUGAAAAGUUAUUUUUUUGCUCAGAAUGUGGAAAAUCAUUUACCCACAAGCCAACUCUCAUUAGACAUCAGAGAACUCACACAGGAGAUAAGCCAUUCUCGUGCUCGGUCUGUGGGAAAUAUUUUGCUUACAAAUCAGACCUCAUCAAGCACCAAAGAAUUCACACGGGAGAGAAACCAUUUGCCUGUUCUUUAUGUGGGAAGCACUUUGCACAAAGCUCAAAUCUCUUCAGACAUCAGAAGAUUCACUUGGGUGAAAUAAAUAUUUUGUAGUUCAGAAUCUGGGCAAUCCUUUGGAUCUUUGUGUUCUCAAUAUCCAUCUAGGAGAGAAAUUGUGUAGGUCAGUGCUGGCAAACCAACAGCAUGAUUCCCACCAGAAGCAAUGAGCAAUUGAGGGUACACAUAAACUGAUAAGGAGGUGAUAGAACUGGGUAAGGUAGAAAGAAAGAAAAAUAAACUAAUUUUCAGAGGGAGCAUUUGCAUGGACGAAGUGAAGACAGAGGAAAUGGAAAUGGCCACUGAGCAAAACCAAAAAGGAAAGUUAGAACAGUAAGGUGGAUUUAAAAAAGAGUGGAAUUGUUUGAGUUUUUAAAUAAUUUCUGCAAUAGAUUGGGAAAAUCAUUUUUCACCAUUGUUCUAGAUGUUCAGAAUGUGGAGAAUGUUUUGGAAAGAAAAGCAAUCUGACUAAUCUUUGACGAAGCCCGUUACCUCUCCUUCAUUUUUGAGCACAACCUUACUGAAAUUGUUAAAGUUGUCUUUUAUUUUGUUUGGUUUUUUUAAUUAGUUUAAAUUGUUACUGUGUUCUGGUUAAAGAAAUGCAGAGAAUGUUGGGUUCUUUAUUCAGGAAACAAAAAAAGUGCAGUAAACAAAGUUAAAUAACUUUUCAUAUUCAGUUAUUCUGGCCUAAAUAUUUCCCAUUUGAUUUAAAGGCACGACAAAUAAGAACUUAAUGAAUAAAUCUGUUUUGCAUAUCGGUCAGGGUUAUUCACUAAACCUAAUAUUUUAAUUAGUUAAAGGACCAU